AUGCCUGGUAUAGUAGUGUUUCAGCGAAGAUGGUCUGUCGGUUCAGACGAUCUCGUAGUUCCUGGCCUAUUCCUACUUGUUAUUCAUUUCAUUUGGCUCGUCGUGCUGAUGGUAAUGACGCUAACGUUUCAUUUCGAUCGCACGGAGAAUUGUGUUCUGCAGCUCUGGUACUUCCAGAUUGGAUACAUGGUACUGCUUGCAGUGUGCAUGUGCCUGGAACUCUCCAUCUGUGUGGUAUCGAUGCGUGGCAGCAUCCUGGACACCGAGCCGAGGGCGUCGAUGCAGUACCUGCUGUACGGCCGCGUACUGUUGAUGCUGAUCGAUCUCGGCCUGCUCACGGUGGGCAUCACCUGGUUAAGGGAUAACUAUGCCACCUGUCCGGCGGCGGAACCGAAAGAGGUGAUGUUGGCCGCGAUUGCCUGUAACCUGUUCGUCAUCCUCAGCAUGAUUACCACCGUCUGGUGCACGUUUGACCCGGCCGGCCGGUCCUGGGUGAAGAUGAAGAAGUACCAACGUUCGAUGCGCGAGUCCGAAUCACGGUUCAACUACAAGCGCAGCGGUAGCCGCAGCCGGAACUGGCGACAGCGCAAAGUGAUCCGGGCGUAUCAGGACAGCUGGGAUCAUCGGUGUCGGUUGCUGUUCUGCUGCAUGGGUAACAGCGAUCGCAGUCGCAACUCCUUUACCGAUAUUGCCCGCCUGCUGAGUGAUUUUUUUCGCGACCUGGACGUGGUACCGUCGGACGUGGUGGCCGGAUUGGUGUUGCUGCGGAAGUUCCAAAAGCUGGAGCGUGAAGUUAUCGUGCGACAGCAAAAGAACGGAACGCACAAGUUUCUGUCCGGUGUACCCAUCAACGCUGGUACACAGUUCCUGGCACUGAACGAUUCCAGAGAUUAUGAUCAUUUUCAGACUGUUAUUCGGUACAUGUACUUUGCGCAAGGUGCGUACGGUUGGCCCAUGUAUCUCAUGAGCCAUUCGAGCACCGGCGUGUGUCAAUUGGCUUCCGAGUUGCGAUACUGUUUUUGCCGGCGAAAUACAGUGGACGUGGUGGACGACAACUGUUGCUUCUGUAAUUACGCCGCGCUCAAAAAGAUGCUUGAACUGGGCGAGGUUGAAGUUAUUUAUGCUACAUAUCAUGUUGAUAUCGCCGAAACACCGUUCUUCGUUGCGAUCGAUUACAACUACAAUAAAAUCGUCAUCAGUAUCCGCGGUACGCUCAGCAUGAAGGAUGUGCUGACGGAUUUGAAUGCCGAGGGCGAACCGUUACCACUGAACCCACCGAGGGAGGAUUGGCUCGGCCACAAGGGUAUGGUGCAGGCGGCGAUCUACAUCAAACAGAAGCUGGAGGAGGAAAAUCUUAUCCAACGUGCCCUUAAACACAAUCCUGCCCGGGGUACGCACGGUUUCGGGUUAAUAUUGGUAGGUCAUUCGCUCGGUGCCGGUACCGCGUCCAUACUGGCAAUCCUGAUGAAGCAGCAGUACGAUGUGUUGCACUGUUACAGCUACUCCCCACCGGGUGGGUUAUUAAGUAUGCCUGCGGUAGAGUAUAGCAAAUCGUUCAUCACCUCGGUGGUGGUUGGUAAAGAUGUCGUGCCACGAAUAGGGCUCUACCAGAUGGAAGCACUGAGGGCCGACCUGAUCAACGCAAUCCAGCGUAGCAUCGAUCCGAAAUGGAAAACGAUCGCGUGUUCCGCGAUCUGUUGCUGCUGCGGACCGGAACCGACAUCCGUCAUGAUGAUGUCGACAAAGGAUUCUAACGUGCAGCGUUAUAAGCAGGAACGCAACAGUGCGCGUCAAAGCACGGUACACCCGAAUGAUAAUUCUAUCGCACUAACACUGCAUCAUCCACUCUAUCCACCUGGUCGCAUCAUACAUAUCGUACGACACCAUCCAAUCCAAGAGGAACAAAUGCUGAAAAAACGAGACCCAGUGUAUCAAGCUAUUUGGGCAGACAAUAAGGAUUUCGAUGAGGUACUCAUUUCGCCCGUCAUGAUUCAAGAUCACAUGCCCGAUACUGUGCUGGCAGCACUAGAGAAGGUCGUCGCAUCUAUCGGACCCCAGAAACCGAAUCGGCAAUUCACUAGCCCUCCGCUUAUUUCCACGGACAUUGAGGAAGGUCCGAGGGCCGCAGGAGAACAGUCAACCGUAAGCCAAACACUUCAACCAAAUCUCGCUUCACCUGUCGCACAACAUAAGAUCUGUCUGGAAACUUCUUUUACCAAUAUGCAAUUGCUACAGCUACAACGCGGCGAGUCCCUGCACGCACCGGCACACGAGCAGCAGCACAUCGAUAUUUCAAAGCCGUCUUCGAUCGCGGACAGUGUGGUUGGACAGCAUAGCGCCCUGUCCAGCCUAGUCGAGGAUAGCGGAAUUCCUAAGAGCAUCUCAGGGCCGAGCGAAGUAACAACUGUGAUUUUAGCGGAAGUACAAAGCGCGGUUGCACCGGCAAUGGCAACCGUAACCCGUGUUCCUUCGGUUACCAGCGGUAACGCCGCCAAGACGUUAAAUUUUAUCGCCUCAGCUAAUCCUACGCGGAACGAUAUGUACCUCAUGUUUCAACCUGCCGCACCCGGCGGCACUGCGGCGUACCGGGCGGACAACCUGUCACUUGGCAUCACACGCCGAAACUCCUACGAGGUGCAGAAGAUCGAUCUAAUACACGACGAUUGGUUCGGGAUGGCGCCGCUUGCUAGCCCGGAAAGUUUGUCGGAACUGUCCAGCAUAAGCUCGCGGGCGAGCAUCUCGGCCUGCAUGACGGGCGGCGUGGACAAAGGGUUAGACAACGGCAAGGAGCCACGGCCGAUGCGAGUAGGCGAGCGGAACGACUUGCAAGCGGUGGAAUCGCAGCUGCACACGCCGAAAGUGUUGCGUCGUACACCGAAGGUGAGCGGCAAUUUGUCGACCUGCGCCGAAGAUGCGCGUACCGUUUACCAGUACAAGCGGAUGGGAAAGAUAUUCGUCCUAAAUCAACCUUCGUCCGAUUCGAGCACCACCCUUGAGAGUUACGACCAGGAGCAGGCUGUAAAUACAAUGGAAGAGAACGGUGUACUAGCAACAAUCAGUGAGAAGGGCACUCUGCCGCUUGCUACGAACGGUAAUCAAAAUAUUCUGGUGCAGGAUGAUCUGAAUGAACACGCUGCGGGGGAAAGGCGAGCGUUUGGUAAUGUCAGUGAUAGCGCAACACGGUGCAGCUCGAGCUGCCCGACCUGUCCAUGCCGAAGCAUAUCGAAUGGAAAGUGCUGCCAGAAGUUUAACCACCGAGAAUGUUACAAUUAUAAGUACACGUCAUUCAACAUUUUCAAGUUUAGCAAACCCAGCGAGGUUGCCAGUGGCAAUGCUUUCAUCAACAAAGGCCUCCACCAGCAGCACGACAAGAAUGCUGGCCCAAGCUCUUGGCCGCAACACGACCGGUGUGCAGCACCGACACAAGCAGGAAACGAGGACAAUAAUAAUGUUUACCCGAUCCAUACUGUUCCCGCUUUGCCAUCACCGCCGGUUAAGGCCGGACUGCUCGAGUCACACUUUCCCGUUUUUUAUAGCAAAAACGGCAAUAAUGACAACGCACGACCAUCUCACGUCCAAACAGCACGGCCAGGUGCUUUACCACCGGCCAAAUCCGUUAAACCGAUUACACCGAUAAAGCUGGCAGGUGCGCAAGAACCGCUCGCCACAGCUAUAGAGAUACGAACCGAAACCUUCCCGUUACUGGUGAACCUGGCUGACCAUUCGUCACCAAACACGAGCGGCUUUGGGCGCAGGAAAAACACGGUGCAUCCAACCGAGCGGCACAUUAUAGCGGUGGACGGGUUUAAUCCUGCCGGCACGGAAGCAGUCGAGUCACGUUGCUCACCGGCGAGUUCCUGCGCCUCUCUCACCACCGGCAACAAGCACAUCCAGCAAGCGCGCAAAAACGAGAGCAACGUUUAG